AGGUGGGGCCCACGCGGAGUCAACAUGAGGAUCGAGAAAUGUUAUUUCUGUUCCGGGCCGAUCUACCCUGGCCACGGCAUGAUGUUCGUCCGCAACGACUGCAAGGUGUUCCGAUUUUGCAAAUCCAAGUGUCAUAGAAACUUCAAGAAGAAGCGGAAUCCACGCAAGGUCAGGUGGACUAAAGCCUUCCGGAAGGCAGCUGACAAGGAGCUCACGGUGGACAACUCAUUUGAAUUUGAAAAACGUAGAAAUGAACCUGUGAAACACCAGCGAGAGCUGUGCAAUAAAACUAUUGAUGCAAUGAAGAGGGUUGAAGAGAUCAAACAGAAACGGCAGGCUAAGUUUAUAAUGAACAGGUUGAAGAAAAACAAAGAGCUACAGAAGGUUCAGGAUAUCAAAGAAGUCAAACAGAACAUACAUCUUAUCCGGGCUCCUCUUGCAGGCAAAGGAAAGCAGGUGGAGGAAAAAAUGGUACAGCAGUUACAGGAGGAUGUGGACAUGGAGGGCGCUUCCUAAUGGUGCCGCCUGCAGCCAGCCCUGUGCACACUGGAAACCAGUGGAGACUGUCGGUCCCUAAGUUAUUGAUUGGUUACAUAAUGUCCCCCAGGCAAAGGUAACUCGCGUGCUCCUCUCUACAGUGCAGCCUGUAAAAACAUCCAUUGCGGGUUUCAACUCAAUGUUCUGCUUCACUGUGUUAUGCUCACAGAAACAUGAAAGUUUGUGUGUAGAUGAAGGUGUGAACCCUGGACAUAACAUGGUUGAAUUGUUGCUUAAUGGCACCAGGCAGCAUUUCUGCACUGACUAUUAUGCUAGUGUGAAAUUUGUAAUAAAGUAAUA